CAACACUACCACCCCCACAUCAAUGCUGGGGUAGCCAGCAGAGCUGCGCACGCGCAGUUCCGUCAGGCGCUUUUCUCCCUCUCUCACACACGCGCACUCUCCCCGUCUUCUCGCACGCACUUGCGCAGAGCCGGCAGCCUUUUCACCCCCUCCUCCACACGAGCGCUGGCGGUAUCCGUCGGAGCUGCGCACGCGCAGUGCCCUCUGGUACUUCUCCCCCCUCGUCACCGCACACACUUGAAGCACGCACCUGCGCAGAGCCGGCAGCUUUUUCUCCCCACACCCCCCCCCCCCCGCCCGCCUCUCCUCCGCAAUCCGAGGAUCUGAACAUGCGCGGUGACGACGGUCCGGCCUCCCCUUCCCCCCCUCCCCCUCUAUGGCGGAUGUGUUGGAGUGAAGACGAGGUAACCAGUACAGAGAAGAUUCAAGAGAUUGCGAGGGAUUUGGACAAUUAAGUGGAUCAGCUAACGGAUAGUGAAUGGAUUUUAGCUGGUUACUUCUGAGAUGGCAGAAGAUGUCAGUGAGGAUGAGAUUGGCAUUGAGAGAAAUACUACAUUAUUGGGACCAAAUGCUGAUAUAACUGAGGAUUCUGAAGCAGAACAUCAAGUUUUCCAGCAAUUAGCCUGGAUAGAUGAUGGAGAAUCUGCGUUUGGAAGGAAUGAUCCAAUCACUGUCAUUCCUAUCACAGUUCACAUUACCGAUGAUUCUACUACUACCCAGAAUCCGACAGUACAGGUGUCUCAGCAAGCACCGACUCUGUCUUCUGCGCCUUUCCAGCUGAUGGAUCAGAAUGGACAGCCGAUCCAGUAUGAACUUCAAUCACUGGGGGAUACAAAUGCACGUAUGAUGAUUGUUACCAGUCAGUCAGAGAAUGGCCAGGUGCUGCAUGUGAUUCCUUCCAACCCACCUGGCGUUACGCAGGUGCUGAUACCACAGGGACAGAUUCUGGAUGUUACAGAUUCACAUGAUGCAGCUGAUGAUAAACCGAUAAGUGAUGAACUUCAGACAGUGACUGUAGCGGCAAUAGCAGACAACAGUGGCUAUGUUUUGCACCCCACCUCUUCGUUAACUUUGCCCAAAAAGACCUCACUCAGAAUGGUUGAAGAUCAUUUUCCUGUCCCACUACAACCACUGCCACACAACACCCCUGCCUGGGCUCGACGACUCCGAAGCUGUGAGAAAAUUGGAGACUCCUAUCGUGGGUAUUGUGAGAGUGAAACUGAAUUGGAAAAUGUAUUAACAGUUCACAAGCAGCAAACACAAAGUGUCUGGGGAACACGACAGUCUCCAAGCCCUGCUAAACCUGCCACUCGGCUGAUGUGGAAGUCUCAAUAUGUACCAUAUGAUGGAAUUCCAUUUGUUAAUGCAGGAAGUAGGGCUAUUGUCAUGGAGUGCCAAUUUGGACCAAGGCGCAAAGGGGUUCAACCUAAGAAAAUAGAACAAGAAAGCAUCUCAAAUCAGUAUUAUAAGGCAACUUGUGCUGCACGAAUCUACAUUAAAAAAGUGCGGAAGUUUCCAGAAUACAGGGUUCCCACAGAUCCUAAGAUCGAUAAGAAGAUUAUUCGACAAGAACAGGAAAAGGCCUUCAACAUGUUGAAGAAAAAUGGAUUUGAUGUAGGAGGAGUUGUCAGGUGGUAUGUGCAGUUACCCACACCACAGGCUCAUCAGUACCAUGAUCAAGACGGUUCCUAUUUACCAUCGCCUCCACCACCACCUCCGCCAUCAUUUGUUUCUGUUGAAGAGGACGAUGUUGGAAUGAUGGAUGAAAAUGGGAUAUUGCCUUCUCGUCUGCACCCACGUGUCACUGAGAAGAUUAGAGAACUGGUUGCUCAGGGAAUCGACCAGGUGUACAUGGUCCGGAAGCAGUUAAGAAAGUUUGUGGAAAGGGAAUUAUUUAAACCUGAUGAUGUUCCUGAAAGACACAAUCUCUCCUUCUUUCCAACUGUCAAUGAUAUCAAAAACCACAUCCACGAAGCACAAUUAGCACUACAGAGAGGCGAGCUGGAAUACAUAUCUGGCUCAAUGACUGCAGCGCUGCAAUGGACAGCUUCCAAUGGGGGUCUUCAGACGGAGACAGUCACAGUCACACUUGCAUCCUCACAAGGAGAUGAUAAUACUACAGCUGAUUCAAUCAUCACAAAGGUGGACGCAACCCAGAUGGUGAAUACACUAUCUCCAGAGACAACCCAACUUUCAUCUUCACUUUCUUCAUUGCAACCAAAGCUUUUUGCACAAUUACAGGGAUUACAGUUACAGCCAGCCUUUGCUUCUUCUGAUGCAGCCCAAGCAGUUGUUACGUUGAAUUCCCAUCAACCAGGCAUCAGCAGUCCUUCUGCAGUGCCAGAAACAAGCAGUCCUACUGCACAGCAGCAGCAGCUUUUCAAUCAAGCACACUUCCUGCAACUCAGCAGCUCACUGUCGGAAUGUGACUCUGCAGCUUCCACCUUGGUUGGUGUGUCAGUAUCUGAACAGAAUAUGGUCAGUAUGGGACAGCUGGUAACAGUAGGAACAUCUGUUGGUGGAGACACAGGCCUUGAUGGAGGAGUUCAUCAGAUAUUGCUUGGAUCAGGACAAACCAUCCCUGUACAGAUCAUGGAAGCUUCAUCACCUUCCACAGUUGUCCAGGAGAGUUGUAUCAGCCAAAUCAAAGAGGAAUCUGAAGAUGGAAGUCUAGCUGCAGCUAGGACCUGCAUGUCUGAGAUAGCUGGACCAGGAGAUUGAAGAUCUUCAUCCACUUCAUGUAUGCAACCGAAAGAAACUGGUGGUUCCCAGUGAUUAAGCAUCCUGGUGUGGGGAGAUUCCUGAGCUAUCAUGGAACAUAUGGGAGGUCCUAGUAGCAGACAACGACCAGGUUGAAGUUUGCACUCCCAUAAUGGAAAUACGUUUGUCCAUUUGUAAAGGAGAGAACUUUUUUAUUUUUGCCAGAUGCAUGAACCUUCUGCUCAGCCUGCUUUGUAAGAAUGAACAUUGAGGGCAUUUGAACGUAUUAACAAUUAACUGCCCAGAGCUGCUUAAUGAAAUAUUCUCAGUUUUGACGGUCUACCUUGUAUGUAUCCUUGAAAAACACAUUGCCAGCUGGUAUUGGAGCCACGCCAGCAACAUCAGGAUCAUCAUAAGUAUACAUUUUACUACAAGGCUGCUGCCCCUUCGUAUUAUCUAUACAUUUUUCUGGUGCUGGUACCAGAUCUGAUGAAAAUACAUGAAUUAAAAGCAUGCUGGAUCUGAUCAGACUAAAUAUUUAUUCACAAACAUAUGGAAACACAGUGGAAACAUGUGGACUGAUUUGUACUGGCUUUGGUGCCAGAAAUGAAGCCAGGUUUGAGGUCUCGUGUUAGCUUCAAAACUGCAGAGAAGAAGCCACUCAGGAUUUUCCAGACAUAUAGCAUGCAGACCUUGAAAAUGCAAUUCGGUUUGAAUUUUCUGAGCCUAUAGCCUUUGGAAAUUCAGUACCACAAAGUAUUCUUCUGAAACCUGACGUAUAAGUGGACAUUUGUCACUGAUGUUUUUGCUGGGUUCCGAGCAGCAGCACUACUAUGUAUUGGAAUGUUUGCUCAUUACUUAAAGUAGCAAGAAUCCAGAGUUGCAAAAUUCCAAUUAAAAAUGAUAUUUGUUUCUUUUAAUUCUUAUUCAAAAGGAUUUACAUUGUAUUUGAAGAUUAACUCUCACUCUUGGACUGCUGGGAGAGGAAAGACAGUUUUGGGAGAAUUGUACUGCUCUUACCAAGUAAGCCAGUGGAAUUGAGAUUUGUGAUUUUUUUUUUAAUGGACACUGAGAUAUGGAGUUUAUCUGUAACCAGACCUUAUGAUUGUGAGGGCAUUAUUCCAUGUCUUAUACACAAGCCUUUAAUUAGCGAUGAACAAUGCAAGUGCAACCAUGGCAGAACUAUCAUUAAACGUCUUCAAUAUUUAUGGGGGUGUGGGUCUCUUUAAUGGUAAUGGGGAGGGAAUUAGUAUUCCAAUACUAUUCACAUUUUGACUUUGAAACUUUUACCUUUAUCUGAUUAACUACGAAAUUAAACAGAUAUCUGAAUGUAAAGAUACAUUGUGUAUUUUAUCUUUAAAUAUGAUUGCCUGUGGCAUCUUAAAUUUAGUUUAAAACAAGAAGCUUUCCUUUUCUUUGGGAAGCUUUAAAGACCUCCAGAACCCAUGUAGUUUAGAAAAAUCUUAAAGGAAAUGCACCUCAUGAGGAAUUGUUAAACCAGCAGAGCAUCUUUAGUACUGAAAUUGUUUACUUCAGUAAUGUGAAACAAAUGAGUGAACUUAUUUCAACAAUAAGUUUAAACUCCUUGGUUAUUCUGUCUGUUCUGAAAGCAAGCUAACAGAACUGCCAGUACGUUUGACCCCGAUUCUAUAUCCAGUGCAUAUGUUGUGCUUUUCUGAUUACACAGAUCUACCUGACAUGAGCCUUUAAACAGAGUACAUUUGCUUCAGUGAAGUUUCAUUACAGACGAUGUCUAAUACAUCAGUGUUUGCAAAAGAUUGCAUUGUUUUAUGCAAGUUACCAACAAAAGUGAAAUCAUUCAAAUAAAGCCACUUUUAAUCGUAAGUUGCCUCUGGUUCAAUAUUUUCAUUCAGAGACAUUGAAAAAAAGUUGCUGUGCUUUGAGUACAUUUGAUACGAUUGUUCUUUAUCUUAACAUCGUGAUCGUAUUUUCAACAAUUAAGAACUUUGUCAGCUUAGUUUUUCUGAUUUGAAAACAACACGCCGGGUCCAAAUCUACCUUCAGUGAUAUGCUUGUGGACAUGUGGCAGUUGGUUUUGUUUCAGCUGGGAAUUUAAGAUAAGGCAAUUGAUUAUUAUCAGCCAUUAAGGUUUUAUUGGUAUAUGCAAGGGCACUGAUAGAAACACGAAAUAAAUUGUCUAAGCAUGCCUCAGUCACAAAUCUUAUUUUGGUACCGCAAAUACAUUUGACAUGAAUUGUUGUUCAUGUUCAUUAAUGAAAGUAUGUGUUCAGAACAGCGGUUUAUCAGAAUUGUCAUGAGCAACUAAUUUCUCCUUAAGAUAGCAAAAUCUUUCGAAAAUUCUUAACACUGUCAAAGGUGACGUCAUAGUAUUCUUAACUAAGAAUGAUGAGUGAAAAUCUGAAAUAGAAAUAAAACUCUGGAAUUACAUAGUACUUGGUGGCCUCAUUCAGAUCCUAACUCAUGUGCAUUUUGUAGUUUGAAUUAGACUUUCAAGAUUGUCCCAUUCUAGAAUGAUUGGGGUUAUUGAAAAUAAACUAGCUUCCUUCAAAGCUACAUUUGUAAUCAUAUUAUUUUGAUCCACAAAUAGGGUUUUCCUGAUCUCAGAUGAGAGAUUUUCUCAUUGUGUUAACAUGCCAUUUUUCAGAUUAAUCAUUCAGUUGAGGCCCUAUCUGUACGAGAGCAUACAACAGACUUUGCCUCUUUUUGGAGAUAAACAGGGUGAUUUUCCUCAGAAACCUGGCCCAAUAUUUGUUUGGUUAAUCCCAACAAAACUAAAUAGUCAGAAGCAAAGGUAUUUUGGUGCUAAUAGGAACAUAGAAAUUAGGAACAGAAGUAGGCAAUUCCUUCAAACCCGCUCUGUCAUUUAACAUGUUCGUGGCUGAUCUUAUCCUGGUCUCAACGCCAGUUUCCUGCCUGCUGCCCAUAGUUCUUUAUCCUGCUUUUCAUCAGAAACGUGCCUAUUUCUUUCUUGAAGUUGUUGAUUGAUUCUGCCUUCAUUGCACUCUGGGGCAGUGAGUUCCACAAGGUUUCAGAUUCAAAUCCAAUCCAGGGACUUGAGUAUAGAAAUCAAAGCUGAUCCCUUGAGUGCAGUCAAAAGAGAAAAUGC